GUGGCUGUGAUUAAUUCGCCUGAUCCGUGGUGUCAAUCAACGGGGCGGCGGAACCAAAAUAAGGAGAAUGAAAAGGCGAGGAAGGGACGGCCGGAAAAAGGGUAAGUGAAGGACUAAGUCACACUACGAAAGAGGGAGAAUCGGAGUCAGGUCUUCUGAUUUAUGGUCCCAACUGAUCAUCAAGGGGUUGUUCAGGAGAUAUCGAAGGUGGAAUCCUGUGCAUCCAACAUAUGGUGCCUUUUGGGGCAUGGGAAUAGGCGUUGGUUGCGGUGUUGGAUGGGGUCCUGGUUUUGGCCCUGAGGUGAUUGGUUAUGUUGGGGCUGGCUGUGGAGUUGGAUUCAGUGUGGGCAUAACUCUUGUUGGCUUUGGCAUUGGUCUUCCUGCAAAUUGCCUAUUUGAAGUUCCUUAUAAUGCUAUUAUGGCAACAAGAACUGGUGCAUUGGAUCUUUUGAGGCUCAGUUCAAAAAAUGCAGUGGGGGGUGGCUGGAACAGUAUUGCACCUUACAUCUCUAGGAUGCAAAGAGAAGCCAGCAGAAGAUUACCAGGAUUUAACCCAAGAGAAUUGUUGGACAAACGGGUUGAUUUAUUUGAUUUGAAAACUACACUAUUUGAUUUGAAAACUACACUAUCUAUCCCUACUAAAGCCAUACAGGAAGGCUUUGGAAGAUUCAAUGGUCGCUUUUUUGGUCCUAACAAAGGUGUCCUUUAAAAUGCAGCAUUCUGAAUAAUUUCAAAAUGUUUCUGCUUUUAGUAUUUUAAACUUGGGAUUUUGCACCAAAUAACAUGACUGCAUUGGGGGGUAGGUUGUAGGUAUCUAACUUCCACAUGGUGACUUUGAAAAUGCAGAUGUGUGGGUUGUAAUUUGAGUAGAAUUAGGUUAUUUAAACCUUUGCUUUGAUUAGUUUACAUCUAUGUUAUGCUUUGUUGCCUAAAGUUUCUGAAUAUUCGUACCUUUUUAAGUAGUAGUCCAAAUCCUUUUAUGUACAUAACACACACUAGGACAGCCGAUACAAAAUUCCACCUGUUGUUAUGCUGUGGCUGUCUCCCUUCCUUCAUAGCUUGAUAAGGUGCAGCUGCCUCCUUUUUCAUUUUAUUUGCUCAUGUCUAGAUAUUUUCUUUUCUAAGAUUGUUGCCAGCAAAUUAACCAUCUGAGUUCCAAAAGCAACAUAUAAAAUUUCCCAAAGGCAAAGCUUUUGUAGAUUUUAACCCCCAAAUUCUAAACCCCAACCAUGCUCUUCCUAGUACUGGACCAAAGAUCCUGAGAGUGCCAGUUAAGUUGCAACUUGCAAGAAUAUGUAAAUUGGACCACAUUUGUCUAAUAUUGUUCUAACCUUCCAGGCAACUGCAUGUGACAAGAUAAAACAUUUAAGUUAUUUGUCCUAGCAUCAUCAAUUUGAUAUGCCAUGGAUCGGGUUGGUCAAUUUUCCCUUAUGAAAGCUUAUUCUUGAAUUGCUGUUAGUGUUUUG